GUCAGCAAAAACGAUUAAAGUCAAUGUCCUCGUGAGCGUUUUAAAACGACUCAUUAUCCACGUCGGAUGAUGCCUCGCAUACGCGGUGAGUGAGUACGCAUUGGUCACGUUUCUGGCUUUCUGGUACAGCAUCAUCGAUUGCCAGAGACUGAAGAGAUCUGAUCUAUCAAUGUUGAUCUUUUUCUUCUUCGACAUUUCAAUUUCUCGGAUUUAUGGAGAAUUUAAGGGAAAUCAGAAGGACUUUUAAGAUGAUUAGGGUUUUUUAUGUUGCAUUGCGUGUUUUCGUUUGGCGAAGUGUUGAUACUGAGAACAUUUGGAGACUAGUUGUUGACUGAUCUGCAAAGUAAUCCAUUUCCGGUUUUUUUCCACCGAUAUACGCAUAUAGUAUUGCAUGGUUACGUCAUAUCGACGCUAGGAUUCUUGUCUGUGAAUGAUUUUUCAUAAACCCAAAUUUCUAGGAUGCAUGAAAUGGGAUGCCGUGAAAUUUUAGUUUUUGUUAGUGCAUUGCCUAUACUCUGUUCGUGAAAAUGUCAGAGAGAGAGAGAGACCCUUUCACUGUUUGGUCUUUCUUAGAAGCGGAAGGGUGUCAUAUGAUACUUUUGCUGUUGAGCGUUUCAUGCUUGCAUUUCAGAAACAUUCAACUGUGUCGUGGGGACAACAACGAGAUUGAAAAUUGAGUGAGCGGUGCUUUGUUUUCUCCGAAAAAACUGGGUUUUCUUUUUUAUGGAGCUAAAUGUGAAAGUUCCACGCAGGUUGGUUGCUAUAUUCAUCUGACUCCUUCAGAGAGAGAAGAAAGGGCACGCCGCAUUUUCCUGAGGAUCGAUGGCGAAAGUUAAAUGUCUUCCGGGCCUUCACCUUUUACCUGGAGGUAUGAUGUUUUCGUCAGCUUCAGAGGGGAAGAUACCCGUUCCAACUUUGUCAGCCAUCUCUACAGAGAGCUGAAGUGUGCAGGAUAUACUACUUUCAAGGACGACAAGGAGCUACAGGCAGGUAUGAACAUCAGUCAAAAAAUCCAAAAUUCCAUAAGAGAAUCAAGGGUGUCAGUAAUAGUGAUUUCUAAGCAUUAUGGUCAUUCAAAAUGGUGUUUGGAUGAGCUACUUGAGAUAUUGGAAUGCGAGAGGAAGUUCCAGCAAAGAGUAAUACCAGUUUUCUAUGAGGUGGAUCCUUGUGAAGUGAGAUACCAAAAAAGAUGUUUCAAAGAGGCCUUUAAGAAGCAUAACAGGAUCCUCAAAGCGGAAUUCCGUGCCUUAAGAUCUAAGGGCAACAUGGAGGAGGCUGAAAUGUAUGGCAGCGCAAAGGCCGACCAAAUUCGUAAGUGGAAGGGGGCCUUAAGACAGGUAGCAGAGAAAUCAGGCUACUGUUCUAAGACCUGCUGCGAGGAGUCGGAGAUGAUUCAGAAUAUUGUUGAAGAUGUCGGCAAGGCACUGAAUUUGGAACCAGAAACCAAUCCUGUUAACUCAGGAGAGAUAAACUGCUACAAGGAAGAUAUAAAAAAAUUGUUGAAAUUAACUUCUGCUUCUAAAAAGGUUCGGAUGGUGGGCAUUUGGGGAAAGGAAGGAGUAGGGAAGACAACGCUUGCCCGGGCUGUUUACGUUGAGACAAAAGUCCAUUUCGAUUGGCAUUGCUUCAUAGAUGAAGUCGGGAAGAUCUCCACGGUACGUAACACUUCCGGUUUGCAGGAAUAUCUCCUGGCCAAGACAUUCCAGCAGGAAGAGAGGAUAACGAAUGAUGAUGCCUGUGCGAUAAAGAACAGGCUACAGUCCAAGAAGGUUCUUAUUGUUCUUGAUGGAAUUGACCAUAAGAAUCAGUUGGAUGCAUUAGCUAAGGACGUGAACUGGUUUGGUCCUGGAAGUAGAAUCAUAAUAACGACAAGGGACAGGAAGUUGCUCACCCGACAUGGAGUGAAACAUAUAAAGGGCAUGCCUGAACGCAAACUCGGUGAGUUCUUCAUCAAGGGGCCACUUCGAAGAAUGAAGAAUCUCGCAUAUUUUUGUGAGCUUCGCUAUUUUGCAGGGACGUUUGUCGAAUGCCUUCCUUGUUGGAAAUUUUUAAGAAAAGACAGGAUACGAGUCGCAACAUGUGUUGGAAUGUAUCAAAAUCACAGAUGAUCUCAACUCAUGUUAUCAUUUUUUUAAACAAUGAUUUAUUAACCCAUAGUUCAACUUUUUCAGGUGCAAAACGCA